AUGGUGAAGGAGGAUGGCUCAAUAGAGUCGAGGGAGCCGGAGCUUGGCAAUAUGGCGACCCAGUUUUACAAGAACUUGUAUACGUCGGAGGGUGUGCAAGAUAUGGGUGAGGUUCUCAGAAUUGUUCCUUCUAAGGUAACCCUGGAGAUGAAUAUUAUGUUGGAUGCUCCGUUCCAAGCAGAGGAGGUGAAAGCAGCAUUGUAUGAGAUGUAUCCAACAAAAUUCCCAGGGCCGGAUGCUUAUGAGUGUUUGCACUUUAUGAAGCGCAAUAAAGCAAAGAAGUAUCGGUUUUGUUCUCUAAAGCUGGACAUGCGGAAGGCCUAUGAUAGAGUGGAAUGGAGCUAUCUCAAGGCAAUCAUGCUGAAGUUGGGUUUCAGUGAGAUGGCAACUAGGGAAGGUGCAAUUGAGACCAUAGGCGUGUUGGGCAAAUACUGCAACGCUUCAGGUCAUCGAAUUAAUAUGGACAAGUCCUCGGUGUUCUCUAGCAAGGGUUGUUCAGUGGCACUAAAAGAUGGUAUAAAAGAAGAACAGAGAGAGACACUCCAGGAGAAAUAUUUUGGGAUGCCCUCGGACGUGGGGAGCUCGAAACGGGACGGCCCAGAGUCCCCUUUUCUUCCCAGGUCGAUCGCACCCGCACGGCAGAGACCGUCCUUCUCGCGUCAGUUCUUCCGCGCACGGCGCCGCCACUGCGAGUUCGGAGCAGAUCCGUCCUUCUCGCGUCAGUUCCUCCGCGCGCGGCGCCGCCACUGCGAGUUCGGAGCAGAUCCGUCGUUCUCGCGUCAGUUCCUCCGCGCGCGGCGCCGGCACUGCGAGUUUCGAGCAGGAGAAGGCAAAAUCGGUGCUGGCGGCGGCAGCGGGGCCCUGUCUGAGUUGGUCGACUUCCGCAGGCUGAUUGCUGGCGGCAGCGAGCUGCCCGCUUGGAUCGUGAGGUUUGACUGCGUGCGCGCCGGGUUCGACCAUUACGUGUUCUGCGUCAUCGACCCAAGAGUAAACAUGCAAGAAACAUAUGAGCAGCUUCGUGAGAGGUUUUCCUGGAAGAAUCAUGUUUCGGAGGGUGGUAUUAAGGCGUUGUCGCAUAUUGAACAUCAGAAACCUGGAUGGUGUUUAUACUCUUCCAUAGCAACAACUAUGGGUUCUAAUUUCCGGAUUCAGAAUGAUCGAAACAUUCGCUUUUCAGUCGAUCACCUAGAAGAACUUAGCAGUCAAGCUAAACAACAGUUUCCUAACGUGACGGCUGCCAAACGCCUUCUAACGAAACUGGCUUAUGCUGGUGUGCUUACCGAAGAUGAUUAUAUGGGUCGACCACAACGCGGUUGUCGCUACUGUGUGAAGAGAUUGCGUUCUUAUGAUAUGUCUAGUGUCGAGGAUAUUAGAGAUGCAUUAUACGAGCUACGAAAUGGCGGACCACUCUGUGCAGUGAUUAAGAUUAGCAAAAAUUACGGAAAGUGUUACCGGACUGCUGCUGUUUACAAGUAUGAUCCCAAUGAUUCAUUUGGUACUCCAACUGAUCCAACAACACAUGCUUUGAGCGUAAUAUCAUUUGCGCUGGAGAAUGGCCCCUUUUUUGAAUGCCAGGACUCACAUGGUGUCCUGUUUGGCGACAAAGGUUUCUUAAAGGUUGAUGUCACUUCAGUAAAGGAACUUUACUCUUUCAGAGUUGUUGAGGUACAUGGUGAUUGGUCAAGGGGUUGAUCGGGUCGAACGGAGGAGCUUACAGUGUCUUCACACAAGUCAAGCUCAAUGGCAUAACAG